UGUGUGUAAAGUAGGAAGUAACAAUACGAUGGCUAGUAAUGCUGAAUUACCGUCUGGAUACGACUAUGAGUUUGUUGUACAAGUACCUGAAGACUACAUUUGUAGUAUUUGCCAUCUUGCAAUGCUAAAACCCGUACAGACAAGAUGUGGACAUCGGUUUUGUAAGGGCUGUUUGGACGCAGCUUUACAGAGAAAACGAAAAUGUCCCCUUGACAAUGAGUUUUUGACCUCAAAGCAGAUAUUUGAAGAUAAAGCGACCGAGCGACAAAUUCUUUCACUCAAGAUAAAGUGUCCAAACCAUUGUGAUUGGCAGGGAGAAAUGAGAGAUGUCAAGAUCCAUGAUGAGAAAUGUCCGCUGACCAUUGUAGUCUGCAGUUACGGCGGUAUUGGAUGCAAUUUUAAGGGACCAAGGAGAUCUUUAAGCGAUCAUUAUAAAAGCAAUCUGGUAGACCAUCUUACCAUCACGACACAACAACUAUUGACGCUUCAAGAUGAAAACAUUAACCUCAAGAAACAAGUUUUGGAACUCAAGGCGUCUAGCUUAGAAGACAUCAAUGAUCUUAAGAAACAAGUUUUGGAACUCAAAGCGUCUAGCAGUGAAAACAUUAAUGAUCUCAAGAAACAAGUUUUGGAACUCAGGGCGUCUAGCAGUGAAAACAUUAAUGAUCUCAAUAAACAAUUUUUGGAACUCAAGGCGUCUGGCUAUAGUUACACGUGGAAACUCAACGAUUUCAGCAAACAGCUACAGCUUGCAAGGCAGGAAGACCGUAAUAUCGAACUGUACAGUGAAACGUUCUACACUCACAAGUAUGGAUACAAACUUAAACUUAAGUUAUAUCCUAAUGGAAAUGGUGAUGGCGAGGGUACCCAUGCAUCAGUAUUCAUGAUUAUCAUGCGAGGUGAAUACGAUGCAAUAUUGACCUGGCCAUUUAAUUGGAAAACCAAGUUUGUCCUGCUUGACCAGAAACUAGACCACUCGAUGAGAAAAAACAUCGACAGUGGUUACAGUAUUCCCGAUACAAGUAAAUGCUAUCAAAGACCAACAACUAAUGAAAACGUUGGAAUAGGACAUCCUAAAUUCGUUUCCCAUGAAACAUUAAAAACAGAGAACUAUGUCGUCGAUGGAGCAGUUUUCAUCAAGUUAGAGUUGGAUUCUUCUGUGCAGAACUGAAACGAUUUCGAAAACUUUUAAAAUCUAACACAACUUCUGAAAAAGGUAACCUGACAGGUUUACCGAAGUUUAUAGGUCUUGACAGAGUACAUAAGUUUUCUAUAUUUUAUUCCCUUCAUUGUUUUGACGGCUAAAACUCGGUAACGAUUUUCUGAUAUUUGGAGGGACAGCAUUAUUGUGUAUUUUUAUCUCAAUGUCAUAUAAAUCACUGUAAAAUAUUGGGCACUGUAAAAAAAGGUUGUUAGGUAAACUAUUAAAUUAGGAACUCUAUGAAAACCACUUACGUGAGAGUUUUUCUUAAUGAAAGAUUGUUUUUUUCAAACGAACGCUUAAGGGGAUUGUGGACGAGGUUAACCGUCAAGAAAAAAUGGACUACUCGGAGGCUUAUGAAGGUAAAGGCUUUGCCAAAAGGUAUGCAUUGCCAGACCUUUUGGUCAAGAUGGCGACACGUAUGCGUUAUAACGAACAAAGAUAAACAAAAUGGCUUCCAUUUUGUAUAAGGGAAUAUUUGUAUGGCCAAGAAUAUUUUUCAGUAUUUGUGAACGAAGCAAACCAUUAUGUACUCGGUGCGCGACUUACAAUGAUCAAAGUAUAGUUCAAUCUUUAUACUCACAGCAAUAACGGUUAACAAUAAACAGCAGAUUUUCUUCCUGA